UAAGAUUGUGAUGUCGCUGUUUGAUGACGUCAGUACAGUGCGCCACUAAACUUUUUGGAAACGCAUGGAAUAUAUUUUUUCUUUUCAUUUAAUAGCGGGGUAUUAUAAGGGGGUAGAAGAAAAUUAAACUUCUGGUCCUCAGGGCUAUCGAAGACAGAGGAGCAACGAAAAAUGACUAGUAAUGCGUUAAAGUUCAAAACCAAUUAUGCACUAUGCAGUAAAAUCGAACCGUUUUAUAAAGGAGGAAAAGUGCAGGUCAGCAAAGAUGGCAAAUGCAUUUUCUGUACUUGUGGUACAAAGAUAAAUGUGUUGGACAUAACUACUGGCAAAGUCACUCAGAGUAUCGAGCAGGACGACCAGGAAGACAUAACAUCAUUUGCUGUCAGCCCAGAUGAUGAGAUACUGGUGACUGGCAGUCGUGCAUUACUACUAAAGCAGUGGGAGUGGAGAGAGAAUAAAUGUGUUCGGACAUGGAAAGCUGUCCAUACAGCUCCUGUAGCCAGUAUGGUAUUCGACUCAACCUCCACUUUGCUAGCCACAGGUGGCUGUGACAGUACAAUCAAGAUUUGGGAUGUCAUCAAACAGUACUGCACUCAUAACCUGAAAGGGUCUUCAGGAGUCGUUCAUGUUGUGGAAUUCCAUCCUGACAUUUCAAAACUACAGCUGUUCUCCUCAUCAAUGGAUUACAAAAUCCGGAUCUGGGACCUCAAAUCAAGCAAAUGUAUCGCUGUGCUAGAAAGCCAUUACAGUGCUGUUACAUCACUGACUUUUUCUUCCGAUGGUAAAUCUCUUGUAAGCUCUGGUCGUGAUAAAAUCUGCACAGUGUGGGAACUUAAAACCAGAACUGUCAAGAGAACAGUACCAGUGUAUGAGAGCGUGGAAGCUGUGGUCAUUUUGCCAGAAGAAGAUUAUGGAUUUGUAAGCCUAAACAACAAAGAACUUAAUUUCGUCACUGCUGGUAGCAAAGGAAUUCUUCGUGUUUGGAAUGCUGCAUCUGGGCAAUGUGUUUAUUCUCAUUCACCACCUGGACCAUUGCAGGAGAAAAAAGAGGCAGAUGCUGAAGAACAUUCUUUGACUUACUGUGCACUUGUUCCUGCAAUAAAGAAAAUUAUUACAGUAACAGCAGAACACAACUUCAUCCUGUAUGAUCUUUUGACCCUUAAACUUAAACAACAGUUCAUAGGUUAUAAUGAUGAAGUAUUGGAUGUGAAGUUCUUUGGUCCAGCCGACACGCAUAUUGUUGUGGCUACAAACAGCCCACAACUAAAGGUCUUUGAAUUGGCAACAUCAAACUGCCAGAUUCUGUACGGACACAGCGAAACUGUCCUUGCCUUAGACGUUUUCAGGAAAGGGCACAUGUUUGCCAGUUGUGCCAAGGAUAACACAAUCCGGAUAUGGCGACUGAAUAAAGCUGCAGGCAGUGUGAGUUGUGUAGCCCAAGGACAGGGACAUGCACGUGGUGUUGGAACAAUUUCAUGCUCAAGAAUGAAAGAGACCUUUGUUAUAAGCGGGAGUCAAGACUGUACUGUAAAGGUAUGGAAUCUUCCAGACUCAUUUUCGGCAAAAGGAAGCAUCGAUAAUUCUCUAACCUUUGAGCAGCUUCAUGCACAUGUAACAGAAAAAGCACAUGACAAGGAUGUAAACAGCAUCACCAUCUCUCCCAAUGAUAAGCUUUUUGCAACAGGCUCCCAAGAUAGGACAGCCAAGCUGUGGACAAUACCAGACUGCUCGCUACUUGGAGUUUUUAGGGGCCACAAACGUGGGAUUUGGUGUGUCCACUUUUCCUCUAUGGAUCAGGUCCUAGCUACAUCUUCAGCCGAUGGAACUGUGAAGCUAUGGAGUCUUCAGGACUUCAGCUGCUUAAAGACCUUUGAAGGGCACGAUGCUUCAGUAUUGAAGGUCAUUUUUGUUAGUCGUGGAACUCAACUACUAACCAGCGGCUCUGAUGGACUGCUUAAACUGUGGACCAUUAAAACAAAUGAAUGCGUAAAGACACUGGAUGCUCAUGAAGACAAGGUCUGGGGUCUGCACAGCAACAAGCAAGAUGAUAUGGUCAUCACAGGCUCAGGCGAUUCCUGCAUAGCUCUUUGGAAGGAUGUAACUGAAGUUGAAUUGGCUGAAGAACUGGCCAAGCAGGAAGAUCAUAUUCUUAAGCAACAAGAACUGUCUAACCUACUGCAAGAGAAGAAGUACCUGAAAGCACUUGGCCUGGCAAUCUCUCUGGACCAGCCCUACACUGCUCUAACAGUAAUUAAAGCCCUCUUGGGAGAGGUUGAUGGGAAAGUUGCACUGGAAAACACCCUCAUGAAAUUAAGACAAGAUCAGAAAGAGGCUGUUUUAAGGUACUCUUCAGUCUGGAAUACAAACUCACGAAAUUGCCAUGAGGCUCAGGCUGUUAUUGAAGUCUUUCUGAAACAUGAAAUUCCAGAGACACUUUUGAAGUUCGGUGGAAUCAAAGCAGCUUUGGAAGGUCUUAUUCCAUACACAGAGCGUCAUUUCCAGCGAAUUGGAAGGUUGCUGCAGGCUUCCAUGUUUGUGGAUUUUAUGUGGCAGAAUAUGAGACUGGCUGGCACAUCCAGGAGUGCUUUGUUGAAUGGGGAUGUUGAGAAUAUGGAAAUGGCUUUCAGUGAGCCAUUAUUUAUAGUUGAUAAAUCUCUGCCUGGCAAAACGUCUCAGAGUCCUGUUUUAGUACAUGAUGAUGAGGAGCAAAACGAAACCGAAGAUGAGGAGGAGGAAGGUGAUACCGAAGAUGAAAAUUCUGAUAGUGAUUCUGAUGUCAGUGCAACAAACAAGGGAAAAGCAGAUCAUGUGCACCAUAAAGUUUUAGCACAGCCUCUGCUUGAGGAAUUUAAAGAGAAUGUGGAGCCCUCGUCAGAUAGUGAGGGGGAGCAGGACAGUAAAAACAACACAACUGAACUGAAGAAAAGUCAUCUCAAACAGAAUGCAGUAAAACACAGGAAAAUUAAAAGGAGGUAAAAGUCCGAAACAUUUUACUAUCUGGACAUGGUGGUCUAAUUUUUUCCCCAUUUAUUCUGUACAUUUUUGAUAUCAAAAAUUGCCCUCAAACUAGUAACUUCUCGUUUUGCUAAUUAAAAAUGUCCUUACUAGAUUUAUAUGCCAGUAUCUCUUUUCUGUCAAGGUGGAACUACUUUCAAAGUUGAGUUCAAGACUCAAAUCUCAGGAUCUCAGGCAUCAUAUUUGUCCCCUUCAGGAUCUAAUGCAGACAUUCUUAAGUCAUACAGUACUACAACAUAUUACAUGCAUGUGUAUUUUAUAUUAUUGCUUCCGAUUAAUUUAUUGGCAAUGUUAAAAACAUCACUGGUUUUAAUAAAAAAUAAUUGAAAAUGUUUUAAAUAAAUAGAGCUUUAUUAGAAAACUGCUGUGAAAAAAAAUGUAUUCACCCAAUUGCAUCUGAAAGGAUGUGCUUAUGAACAUUUUAAAUGUAAGUACAUGACCGUUCUAGUUCACUUUAUAAAACAAAUGUAGCAGGUUGUCAUUUGACUGAUAAACAGUAUGCGUUUAACUC